AGGGGGAGUACGCGCUUGCGUCAUCGCGCGUUACGCGUUACGUCGAUAUAUCCCAGAAUGCACGGCGCGCGGCCUCUUUCCCUGCGCCAGCCACCAUGUCUAAGCGAGGACGUGGCGGCUCCUCGGGAGCGAAAUUCCGCAUUUCCCUCGGUCUUCCCGUGGGAGCUGUAAUCAACUGCGCUGAUAACACGGGUGCCAAGAACCUGUACAUCAUCUCUGUGAAAGGGAUCAAAGGGCGGCUGAACAGGCUGCCAGCCGCCGGCGUUGGAGACAUGGUCAUGGCCACCGUGAAGAAGGGCAAACCAGAGCUCAGAAAAAAGGUGCACCCUGCAGUUGUGAUACGGCAGCGGAAAGCGUAUCGGAGAAAAGACGGCGUGUUCCUUUACUUCGAAGACAAUGCAGGAGUAAUAGUAAAUAACAAAGGAGAAAUGAAAGGCUCGGCGAUCACAGGCCCCGUGGCCAAGGAGUGCGCAGAUCUGUGGCCCAGGAUUGCUUCCAACGCUGGCAGCAUUGCAUAAGAGUUGGAAAGGUUUCCUGUCAAGAUUUCUGUACAAUUCAAUAAAUUUUUACCCAGCCAGAAAAA